AUGGCGCCCUAUGACAGUGAUUCUUCAGACGAUGGAGGCGACUACACCGAGACGAAUGUUCUGCUAGGAUAUGCAGCGAGGGAAGCAACGGGCGACGCGAUUUCCCACAUUGGAGGCGCACCGAGCUGGAUAGAUGAGAAGACCGCCCCUUCUGGCGCCUUAGCAAAAUGUAAAGUCUGCAAUGGCUACCUCAGCCUCCUCCUCGAACUCAACGGCGACCUUCCCGACAACUUUCCUGGCCACGAGCGGCGGCUUUACAUCUGGACAUGUCGGCGCAAGCCGUGUAGAAGGAAGGAGGGCAGUGUGAGGGGCAUUCGCGGAGUGCGCAUCGCAAAAGGCGCCAACAACAAGGCUAGCGCCCCCAGGGCCGAGAAGAAGGAAGUCAAGGAAGAAGCGAAGCCGCAGCCCAAGAUUGGCGAGUCGCUGUUCGGAGUGAAGAACGGGACAGGCGCAUCGACAUCCGCGAAUCCCUUCUCGAACCCGUUUUCGUCCAACCCGAAUGGCGCAGCAUCAUCGAACCCCUUCUCCAAACCAGGUGCGAAUCCUUUCGGCGCAUCGACUCCCACGCCCGCAGUGCAAGUUAGCGAGCCCCAAGAGAAGAAAGACGAAGCCUCUACGACCCUUCCCGAGACGUUCGCAUCCAAAGCUCGUCUCUCGUCACCACCUCCCUCCGAACAACAGCCUCCGCGUCCACAUGAGCCAUGGCCAGCAGACUCCGCCUUCCCUACACCGUUCCCUCACUAUCACCUCGACGCCGAAUACGAGACAUUAGACGCCCCUUCAACACCCUCGAUCCCAGCGAACGUGCGGAUGGACACAGAUAAUGAAGGCAGCGGUAGCGGUGGUGGAAAAGAAGACAAGGAGGUGUUUGAGUCAUCCAUGGACAGGACGUUCCAGAAGUUUGCAGAUCGCAUCGGAGAGAAUGCAGAGCAGGUGCUACGAUAUGAGUACAAAGGCAAGCCGCUCCUGUACAGCGACAACGAUGCUAUCGGCAAGCUUCUAGGUCCACACUCGGAGAACGGUUCCUCGUCGAAUGCAAAAGUCAAGACAGCAGGCUCACGGAGUGGGGCUGGGUUCCCUCGCUGUUCGACCUGUGGCGCGGACAGAGUCUUCGAAGUUCAACUAACACCGCAUGCGAUCACCGAGCUUGAGGCUGAUGAGAUGAGUCUCGACGGCAUGGAAUGGGGCACUAUUAUCAUGGCAGUAUGCAGCAAAGACUGCAAACCCAACGAUGUUCAGGAAGGAGAAGUCGGAUAUUUGGAGGAAUGGGUCGGAGUACAAUGGGAGGAGGUCCCUUCGAACAAGUAG